CUUGUUUAUGUUAAGGGGACAAGUGCUUUAAUCUUGCCAGCUCUUGCACUUGCACCCAGAGCCCAUUUGAGGCGUCUUCUCUAAACUUUGCUUUGUUGCAGGAAGCGGCAGCAUGAGGUCUGCCCUGCUGCUAAUUUGUGGUUUAUAGAAGGCUUCAAACAGCAGCGGGAGAGGAGGUCUAACUGAAAGAGAGAUCAACAGGCCAGGGCUCGGGCGUGGAGUUCAGUGGAUGACUUCUAUGUGAGUGGCCUUCAUCAGCCGGUUCUCUGAGCUAUUGCCUGCUUCUGCUGUCCCAGGCCUGUAAACACACACAAGAGAACCUAGAGGAGGAGAAAGAGGAGGAGGAGUAGGGGUCAACCAUGGAGCUGUAGGGACACGCUCAGAUGCCCGAGCAGAUAGCCGCAGGAGGAGGAGUGCUGCCGAGGAGAAGAACUCUGCAAUGAACAAGACCAAGAGGAAACCCAAUGUGGAGACUCCCGGUGGGCCAAAGAGCAGGAAGCUGGUCCAGCGCAGGAGGAACACAUGUCCCAGUCCUCAGGACAUCAGCAAGGCCCUGCAGAGCCCAAGCUCUGCUCCCAGCGCCAGUGCUGCCAACCUGGAUGAGCUCAUACAGCGCUGCCUGAACUGUUUCGAUUCGGAGGGGAAGACUUCCAGCCCCCGAGGUUCCCAGCUUGUCCACAUGACCCUCAUGAUGCACAGCUGGGUCGUUCCAUCUCAGAUGUUCGUCCAGAAACUCCUCACCCUAUAUAAGGAUUGUCCCUCUGACAAGAGAGGACUGAGGCGGGUGCAGAUCUGCCACCUUGUCAGGCAGUGGAUCAGCCAGUUCCCGGCAGUAUUUGAGAAGGACCCCCUCCUGGAACAGACCAUGGGGGACCUGUGGGAGCUGGUCCGGCUGGACGGAGAAAAGACACACUCGCAGCCCAUCGACACCUCCUGCUUAAACCCUCAUAUGAACGCAUCGCAGGCACCCUCGCCCUCCGUGAAGAAGAGGAAGGUGUCUUUAAUAUUUGACCACAUGGAGCCAGAUGAGAUGGCCGAGCAUCUGAGCUACCUGGAGUUUAAAAACUUCUGUAACGUCUCAUUCCUGGACUACCGCAGCUACGUGGUGCGAGGUUCUGUGAGGGACAACCCUGCCCUGGAGCGCUCAGUCAUGAUGUGUAAUGGAGUGUCCCAGUGGGUCCAGCUGAUGAUCCUCAGCAGGCACACAGCCCAGCAGAGAGCCCAGGUCUUCACCAAGUUUAUUCAUGUGGCUCAGAAACUGAGAGCCUUGCAAAACUUUAACACUCUAAUGGCGGUAACCGGAGGCCUCUGUCACAGCUCGAUCUCUCGCCUCAAAGACACGUCUAAUCUGCUGCCCCCUGACAUCACUAAGGUCCUGAGUGAAUUCACAGAACUCCUCUCCUCACGAAGCAAUUAUAGCAACUACCGACGGGUCUACAACGAAUGCAAGGGCUUCAAGGUGCCCAUCCUGGGUGUGCACCUGAAGGACCUCAUCUCACUCAAUGAGGCGCUACCGGACUACAUAGACGAAGAGAAGAUCAACCUGAGCAAACUGCAACAUCUGUACAGCAACAUCAAUGACCUACUGGCCAUUCACAGCUGCAAGCCGCCAUUCGAGGCCAACAAAGACCUUCUGCAUCUGCUCACGCUGUCUUUAGAUUUGUACUACACCGAAGAUGAGAUAUAUGAACUAUCGUAUAACAAGGAACCCAAAAACCCCAAGAUUCAGCCUGUAGCUCCAGUUAAAUCACCGGUCGUGGCAGAGUGGGGAUCUGGGGUCACCCCUAGGCUUGACUCUGACACCAUAUCCAAACACGUCAAACAGAUGGUGGAUUCCAUAAUGAAAAACUACGACUUGAACCCGGAUGGCUACAUUUCCCUGGAGGACUUCGAGAAAAUAGCAGCCAACUUUCCAUUCACCUUCUGCACCCAAGAAACUGACAGGGAGGGACAGAUCAGCCGAGAAGAAAUCACCUCUUACUUCAUGAGAGGAAUGUCUGUCUGCGCCAAGCUGGGCUACAACUUCAACAACACGCAUAACUUCCAUGAGACCACAUACAAGCGGCCGACGUUCUGUGAGACAUGUGGAGGCUUUCUGUGGGGUGUCAUCAAACAGGGCUACCACUGUAAAGACUGUGGGAUAAAUUGCCACCGACACUGCAAGGAUCUUGUGAGAGUGGGGUGCCAGAAGAAACACAAAAACACAACUGGGUCAUGUCCAUGCACCCCUGCACCUGACUCAAGAACCAAGGGCAACAGCUGGAGUUCAGAGGAAGAGGCCUUUGUUUUCCCCCAAAGCAACGAGUCUGAACAAAACAGGGUAAUGUCGGAUUGGACGAACAACACGGGGGAUUCCACGUUGUCAGAUCGCUCCACUCAGACCGAUCCUGGAGUGUGGACGCCUGAGAGGAGGGACAGGAGGGGAAACCACAUCAACUGUGUCGGACAUCCGUCUCCAGACAGAAGGGCCAUGACGCUGCCACAUCGAAGCAGAGGCUGCUCCAUGCCGGUUUCCUUCCUGCAGGACAAACUGGACGAGCUGCAUCUGCACAAAGACAAAAGCCGAGAGCCGGACUGAAGGCUCCGCUUCUUGCUCGGACCUAUCCCAGCCGGCGCCGCCACAUUUGUGUCGAAGCUGCGUCUCAGCGCCGUUGAGCUGAUCAGACUCUUGGCUGUGGAAUAGCAGCAGCUGUAAAUGGACUUCAUAGUUGUGAUGUUCUUGCUAGUUUGACUCUGAGGUUUCAGGCAUUGACUCUUUUCUUUUCCUGUGUAAUUUAUGAAAACCUUGUUUUAUUUGAACAGGUGCCUUGCAUUUCUGGUGCUAAGAUUCUUACAGAAUUUCUGAAGACCUACAGAUAUUUCUUGAGCUUAAUACAAAAAAGCAGGGUAGGAAAUUAACACUAAGCACCAAAAUCAAAUGUUUAGUUGAACUUUGGCAGCUAUUUGACAUCUGAUUAGUUAAACGUGUGACUUUUUUGGGGUUGGAUUGGAUGAAAACCUCAUGGAAACUAAGAUUGGACUUUUACAAACCUAGAUCUGUGACUUCCAUAAAAACUUUGAACAAAGGUUGUUUUGAAGCAACAUGCGAACAAAAUGUUUAUUUCCUGCCCUGAAAGUUCGUUCAUUUACGGUUCAGCAGGACUGCGCUGGAACAAUGCACAUGGUCUAACUAUUGUCAUCUUCCUUCUUUUGUCCCACGUCGGUUUUAGUCAAAACAAACGAGAAGAAUACAAAUACAGUUAGAAAUCA